AAGUGAUGACGGUGGUUGCUGGGGGUGGCUCUGGUGGAUUAUCCGAUGGGUGUGGUGGCUGUGUGGAUGGGCUUAAUGCUGGCUUUGACGCUUGGAUUUUGAAUUGGGUUCUUGGUGUUGUGGUGGGGUACUUUGUGGGAUUUUCAGGUUUGGGUUUUGAUAGUUUUCAUGGUGGUGGAAUAGAGAUGGAGACGAUUUCAGUAAUGGAAGAGUUCAUAUUUAUGGUGCUGAUUAGUAUAAUUGAAGAGGAGGGGACGGAGGGUGGGUUGAAAGAUCAAAAUUUCUUUUCGAAAUGA